CCACCCCGCUUUUGUGACUUAAAAACAGUAAGCACUGAUAUCCAUGCUGACUGCUGUCAGUUUCAUAGUUGCACCGUGAACCGUCAAGCUGAAGCUUCCACCUCAGCAGCAAAAUGUUUCUGAUGAACAUCUGGAUCUGUGCUGGUCUCAUGCUGUCCCUCCCUCCCUGUACACAUCAGUCGUGCACAGAGGGGAAACCAAAAGAGUGUGCAGAUGCAGAAUUUGCUCCGGGAACCAAUUUGGCCGGGGAAGGCUUCGACAUCACCAAAAUGGAACGUAAGGGAGCCUUUGUGCUCGACAUGAAUCUGUGGAAACGCAAAGAUAAAACAUGCAUGCUGUGCAGCAACCCUUAUCUUGAGAACAAAAUGCAAAAGCUGCCCCUGUUGGUGGUGGACUGGAGGGCAAAGCAGUCCUGCAGCGCGAGAGUUUCCACUAAGCUUCACAAAUCCAGUGAGUCUCUGGUUAGUUCCAGUGUGUCUUCUGUGGAAAACAACUGGAAGACUGAUCUAGAAGUUGAAGUAAAAGGCAAAAGCGCCUCUGUUAUGUUGGCUGGUACCAAUUCUAAAGUGGCGGAGUACUCCAUGGAGAAAACAAAGAGUGACAAAUUCAGCUUCACAAGCCAGAGCGUGUUGUGUGAGUACUACAGCUACCGAGUGUCAAAUACUCCAAAGCUGCACAAAGAAUUUCGCAAUGCAGUGAAACAGCUUCCCAAAUUGUACACCCAAGAAUACAAGCAACGAUUUUACAAACUGAUUGAGGACUUUGGCACCCAUUACAUCACAAAGGUAAAACUUGGCGGAAGUAUUAACUCUGUGACCAGCAUCAAGGAUUGUCAGGCCAGCCUGCAGGGACUCAGCAUGGAGGAAGUGGAGAUGUGUCUGGAAGCAGAGGCAUCAGCGAGUAUUAAAGCCACAAUAAAAACCGAAAUGAAACACUGCAAGAAAGAUUCACAAAAGUUGGAAAAUAAGAACUCUUUCUCCAGCCUCUUCACUGACAGGUUCACAGACAUAAAAGGUGGGCACACCACAGAGCCAGAUCUUCUCUUUUCGGCGGACAAAAAUCCAGCAGCCUACAAGGAAUGGCUCGAUACACUACCAAAAAAUCCAGACAUCGUAUCAUAUUCCUUGAAUUCCCUUCAUGAGUUAUUACCUACCACAGCCAAAGUCCGAAAAAACCUGCGCUCUGCCAUUAGCCAUUACAUCCUGGAGAAAGGCCUGUGGAGAAACUGCAGUGACAACUGUAAGGUGGGCAUUAAGAGUGACCCAAGAGAUUCCUGCGUCUGCCAGUGCCACAAUGACCCUGCUGUGAACCACGACUGCUGCCCAACCCGUAAGGGCAUGGCACGGGUCAUCAUAACUGUACAGCGGGCCAGUGAUCUGUGGGGGGACCACACCACAGCUACAGAUGGAUACGUGAAGGUGUCCUUUGGCGGAAAGAACUUUCAACGUACUCCUGUCAUUAAUAACGACAACAACCCACACUGGGCCAUGACCAUCGAUCUGGGCACGCAGGAUCUGUCAUCAAAUGACAAAGUGAGAUUUGAAGUUUGGGAUGAAGACAGCAAGUGGGAUGAUGACCUGCUGGGAGCAUGCGAGCCUGUGUUGACUGCCGGAGUCAAAGAGGAUAUCUGUCCUCUGCAGCAUGGACGGCUGUUCUACAAAAGCGAGGUGAAAUGUGCUCCGAGUCUGAGUGGAAAGUCGUGCAUGGACUAUAAACCCACUCCCAUGAAUUCAAGUCUGAAGAAGCUGUAUGUGUCCCGUCAUGCCCAUCCCAUUCCAAAGGCCAUCCUGUCAAAGAUGGGUGUGUUUGUGGAUGAAUCGAGCUCAUGGAAAAACCACAGUGUUACUGCUGGGCGUUUCAAGUAUGAGAAGAAAUAACAAGCAUGAGGAAGAAGCGAUGGAAAGGUUUGCAUGAAAACCUUAACAGAAGAGGAUCGGCUUUGAAUAGAUGCAAUGGAGUCAUUCUUUUAUAUUAUCUUGCAAAAUUUCAAAACUAUAUCCUGUCUCUCAAUCAUAUCUCUGUAUAGUAAAUCAAUUGUGCAAUUUCUGCAAUUUUUUAUGC